CCAUACACCAUAACUCCUUGAAUACGCAAAUAUCUCAAUUUUGGCGCGAAAUAAAAAACAAUUUCAGUAACCAACUCGCCGUACUCACUGAGUCACGACUCACGAUGUCGAGUAGGCCGGAACUCACCGAGUUAUUCACAGAACUCGCGUCUCGAAUCGAAACCAGAAACUCACAAACCGAUCAAUCUGAUGAUGUUUUAAUCGCAGAUCUGAAUCAAUCACUCAAUCUGAACGAAGUACCUAGGGUUAGGGUUUUGGACACUGCGUUAUCGUUGAUGUGCUUCACAUCGCCUCAGGUGUUUGAAUCGGUGAUUGAGUGUUCGGUGAAUACGAUUGUUUCGGUUUUGUAUUCGUUGAUAGAUUGUUCGGUUUUACGGUCCGGAAAAUCGGAGGUUUUGCGUGUUGGUGGAUUGAUUGGUGGUGGUGAGUGUUUGGGAAUGAUGGAGUUGUGUGAUGAUGUUUUGGGGAAAAUGAAUGAAUAUGGAAUGCUUUCUUGUUCGUUACUCUACGCUGUUUUAAGAGUGGCUGCAAUGACAACUCAGUUUGGGUACACUAUGCAACUUACUCCGAUUCUCAAUGCUCAACCGACUGAUGAAAUGAUUUCCGCAAUUUCAAAGUUGAUGUGUUACAUGCCAAAAGAAGCCAAUCUCGAGAAUCAACAAUUACAAAUGAGGUUAAUAUUAUGGUAUCUUGAUCCUCAAAACCUUGUGAAAGAUAUAUCGCAAAUAUUGCAGGAUGUUGUUGGGAGGCCUUUUAUUUAUCUAAACGAAGAAAUCUACCAAAAUAUUGAGUGGCGAUCUAUAAUCAUUUGUUUAGCAUUAUCUCCAUUAAUGUUUAUCGAAACUAGGGCUUUGUUACAUCGUUGGUUUCUGCUAACGGGCCUAGCUUCUGUAUUAGAGCUUGAAGCGGAACUUGUUUCGAUGGUGUUAGAUGUACUUUCAAGACCAAUGCGGUGGGGUUUAUCUGCGGACGUAGGAUCAAAGCUGCCGUUUUCAUAUGCUUAUUUUCAUUUCGAGCAUCAGUUAUUCAGACUUUUGGCUCAACCCUUGUCAUGUGAUCGGUUUAUUGAGUUGGUGCCUAAUGUAGGAAAAAGUGUGUCUCUUUCCAAGAGAAAACUUAAACAUGUCGCAACAACGACCUCCAUGGUGGAUCACAAAUCAACAUGGGCAAUUGCAAUGAACUUCCCAGAGUGGUUUUAUUUUGCCGCAAUACUACUCGUUGGAGCUAGUUUUAGUGACAGUUGUAUUUGUUCGGUAAACGAGGAUAAUCACCCGCUGACAUCAUCCGUUUCAGUUAAUGCAGCUCGGUACAUUGCAUGGAUUCUAGAUCCUAUUGAUGAAUCAGUUUGUAGUUUAUUGUCAGGAAAGUUAGAAAAAUUAUCAAGAGCCUUAUUUAAUAAGCAAUCGGUCUGUCAAAGUCAAACUAUUCGGUUAUGGCUGGAGGAAUUAGAAGACGCUAAAAUAAUCGAUAUAAAGAAUAAUGUGAUGUUCAGGAGGGUUAUUUUAGGAAUGCUGAUUGGGUGCUCGGAUGCCAUAACUGAAGAUAGAUAUGAUUUGCUUCUUCAUUAUGUUGCAACGGGUAAGCUUCUUCGGUCAACAGAAAGUCAACAUGCCGGAUCAAAACAUAAAAGACGGAAUCAUGAACCUCAUGAACCUAUUGAUAAAUGUAGUCGAAAGGAGUUAGUUACAGGUGCUUGUAUUGUUUUCAGUUUAACUGAUAUAGCAGAAAAGAUUUCAGAUUCGCUAUUUGAAGCCCGAGAGGUUGCAGUUGACUUUAUUUGCAAAGUCAAAUUAAAGGCUGUUGGAUAUCUGCUUAAAUGUGUCAAAAGGCUGCUCGAGUUUGAAACUGGUGAAAACGAUGAUAUCUUAGUUAAGGAUCUACACAGAAGAAUGUUGCGGUGGAGACAUCAAGGAAAAGAUGUUUUUCAUGGUUGCAAAGAUCUUGAUGAUACGAUUAAUGUUAUCGCUAGUAAGCUUUCUUGAAAAUCUUGCUUGUUGUAUAUUAGUACUUUUUUCAUGCUUAUAUAUAUAAUAUGGUUUUUAGAUUUUA